UGUUCCUCAGCGACUCCUCCGGACAAAGAAAGGUUAGAUUUGACUGCUUCAGGCGUUUUCUUUAUAAAUUUAAACUGAGACGAGACAGCGCUGUUUUUGAAAGAGAACAACCUGGAUUUGCUGAAGUGUCAUUCAAAUCAAGGGGAUUCUGCUUUGGCAAGGUUUCUAGAACAGUCCCCUGAUUCGGAUGGACUCCAACUCCCAGAAUGCACCUUUGCCUUAUUUAAAACGUCACUGGAGACUGGGUGGUCACAGCCAAUCAAAUUGCAAAACGAACCAUGAAGUACCCCGGAAGUAUGUAAAGGAGGAAGGUGUUGUGUUGCUCUGUAUGGGGGGGUAGUGAAGAUGGAGGCUCUCAGCAAACUUAAACAGUUUGACGCUUAUCCUAAAACGCUGGAAGAUUUCAGGGUGAAAACAUGUGGCGGAGCAACGGUGACUAUUAUCAGUGGGCUGAUCAUGCUGAUCCUCUUCUUCUCUGAGCUUCAGUACUACCUCACUAAGGAAGUUUACCCAGAGUUAUAUGUGGACACAUCCAGAGGAGACAAGCUGAAGAUCAAUAUCGACAUCCUCUUCCCCCACAUGCCAUGUGCUUAUCUAAGCAUUGAUGCAAUGGAUGUGGCUGGAGAGCAGCAGCUAGAUGUUGAGCACAACCUGUUUAAACAGAGACUGGACAAGGAAGGAAAGCCAGUGACUCCAGAGGCAGAGAAGCACGAGCUGGGAAAGGAGGAGCCCGAAGCUUUUGAUCCAAGCAAACUGGACCCCAAUCGCUGUGAGAGCUGCUACGGAGCUGAGACUGAAGAUCUCAAGUGCUGUAACUCUUGUGAUGAUGUGAGAGAAGGCUACCGGAGGAGAGGAUGGGCCUUUAAAAACCCGGACACCAUCGAGCAGUGCAAGAGGGAGGGCUUCAGCCAGAAGAUGCAGGACCAGAAGAACGAAGGCUGCAAGCUCUACGGAUUCCUGGAGGUCAACAAGGUGGCUGGAAACUUUCAUUUUGCACCAGGAAAAAGCUUUCAGCAAUCCCACGUACACGUACACGCUGUGGAGAUUCAUGACCUGCAGAGCUUUGGACUGGAUAAUAUAAACAUGACUCAUUUCAUCAGACACUUGUCGUUCGGGAAGGAUUACCCAGGAAUCGUGAAUCCUCUGGAUGGAACUAACGUAGCUGCAGAGCACGUUUCCAUGAUGUACCAGUACUUUGUGAAAAUCGUCCCGACAAUAUACGUGAAAGCUGAUGGAGAGGUAAGUGCAAUACAGCAGGAUAUGAAAUGUGAUCAUAGAGUAGUGUGUGUGUAUAUACUGUGUAUAUGAAAUGUGAUCAGAGUA